AUGACAGAAAAAAUCCUGGAAAAGUUUGAUGCCCUGGAGGAGAAAGCAAGGAUACUUGCAAACAUCAGGGAAAAGAAUACCAACCGACGACUAAGAAAAAAGCCAUUGAUUACACCCCUGCUGUUUGACCUUCAUGUGGAAUUUGGAGACACAAUUACCCCAUCUGCAUCUAGGACGGUAACAGAGAUCAUAGAAGAUAAACCACUUGAUCUUAAGGACUCAAAAAAGCCUGUAUCUUUCAAAUAUAAGCCUAAACCCAGAAGUGAUUUUGAAGAGUCAGAUUUAAGACCACCUACUCUUAUAACAAUUACAAACUAUGAAGAAAGUAAAUUAAUAGAACACAAAAGAGAAAAUCUGAAAUCGAGACCUAUAUCUCUUCAUUAUCUUAAGAAUAAAGAUGAGACAGAAUACGCAAAUCCCUUGCCAUUUCCACUGCCUGGGUCUAAACACCUAUGUAAAAAAUCAGCGGCUUCUUCAAUCCUGUCUUCCAAACUCACCGAUAAAUCCAAUGCUAGUAUGAAGGAAAAAGUCUCUCCUCCAUUUACAGAUCAAAGUGAAAGCAGAGCUAAGAAGUCCAUGCAUUCUACAGACCACUCAGCAGAUUCUAGUAAAAAUGGGAGAAAAUACCCUCCAGAGGUGAAUCAUUUUACUACGAAAGAAAGUGAGUUAACCAGAAAUGACCAAGCAAGAAAGCCUCAUUCAGUCAAACAGAACAUCGUGUUUCCCCUGGACUGUGAGGAUCUACUAAAAGAUCCAAAAAUAAAGACAAUUGUCCUUGCUCCAAAAGAGACAGUACAUACUUCGGUGGAACAAUGCCACGCAAAUCCAAUAAUUUUCUAUGACACUGAAUAUGUACAAAUGCUGUUCCUGACAAAAAGGUUUACUCCCUAUGCUAUGAAAUGUACAGAAAAGAAUAUUGUUUUAGAAAAAAAUUAUGAAGUACUCAAAGCUUUAUUUGAGGAUGAACCAAGUGCUGUUUCUAAACCUCAAAGUACUAAAUCUAUAGACCAGCAGAAACAGUUGCAAGUCCUCUCUGCUGAACAGGCCCAAAAGAAUAUAAACGAGAAACGAAGGAAGAGAAAUGACAGUCUGGUUUCAAAGAAAAUAUCUCCGAACACUCUUUAUAAUAUAUCUCAAACUUUUUCCAGUUUAAGCAAAAAAUUUGUUGGUUACUUUGAUAAAGAAGUUACUCAAGAAAUGAGUGAUAAGGCAAGGAGAUUUGAAAUGUUUUCCAAAAGAAAACUACCACCCACACGCAAAUUUACUACCUUACCUAUCAAAUAUGAUUCCAAGCCUCUGAAAAAUAUACUUGAAAUACGUAAACUAAACAACAUAACUCCAUUGGAUAACCUGCUUGGGCUACAGAGUAGAGUAAGAUCCUAG